GAUAAGUUCGGACGUACGAUCGAUUUGCUGCGUGUAGGCUUAUAGUGGAUCAGUAUUUCAAAAAACAAUUUCAAAGUGAAGUUAAAUUUGUGACGAGUAAUUCCAUUGUAAUUCGCAGUGUGUUAUAAGGUUUCUACAAAAAACUAACGCGUGUUAACGUGAUUUUCAGAGGACUUUUCACCGAUCACGUUUUUUCUAACGGUCAAUUUUACUCCGCUGAUGGUGUCUUUUUAAAACGCAGAAUUGUUACGUAGAUAUUGAUGCAUUUUCACCGAAUUUGGACCACCCGGAAGCAGCGAAAGUCGCAAAUUUGCCUCCAGAACGUUAAAUUAUAAAGUCAAUCAUGCAAAUAAAUUGUCUUGUAAGAGCACUCUUAAUCGUAGCGUUCGCAAUAAUUAGCGCAGCCGGCAAGAACGCCACUGAUAACGAUGAACUGUGGAUGCUUUUAGUGAGCGGAAAGCUUAACCAGAUCAAAACAAAUACAGCGCCGGAGGUCACACCCCGGGACACGCCGAUUCAUUCAGAAACGGCUAUUAGCGGCAAUAAUAAUUACGAGGGAAUUGAUAAGACAACGCUGUCGGAAAAUGACGAUCAGCUGUUCGACUUCAGGAAUUCCUGGGCGGAGGAAACGGAGCAACUAGAGAAGAGCAGUGGAGAAGAUGGUAUCGUCACAAUGGCGGCAUUGUUCAGUGACGAGGAGCAAAGUUCUGUGGAUUUCGAUGCUAGUGGUGAACUAUUCGAUGAUAAUGAAGAAAUGCAGGCAGAUCAAGCGGACUUUGGCGAUGACAUUAUCGAUGUGUUACGCAGGAAACCUGCGUCACGGGAAGUGUUGAGUUUACUCGGUUUGUUGAAAGAGAAAAAUGAAACAGAUGAGAUGAAACAGAAGCUGCAACAAGUGCUUCGACCCGUAUCGGAGCGUGAGGGUAUGGGUACUAUUUUGGAAGAAGCUUCUGUUCCGAGAGAGAAGACUUUCUACAGUGAACCGCUUGUUUCUGAUGGAGUGCAUAGUCCUCAGAUUAGUAACAUUUUGAUACCAAAGUUAGAUACCAAACUGUCUAGUAUUCGUAAACAAUAUGAGGCUCCAAGUGAAGGGCAACGUAGUUUGGUAAUUGUUUUCGAUGCAACAGGAUCGAUGCUGGAUGAUCUGAAACAGCUGCGCGAUGGAGCUAAACUGAUCAUUGAUGAAAUCACUAACCUGAAAAAUAAUCCAAUUUACAAUUACGUGUUUGUGCCGUUUCGUGAUCCACAAGUCGGUCCUCGACUGGUGACUCGUAACAAAGACGAACUGCUGCAAACACUGGAGAACCUGCAAAUCUAUGGAGGCGGAGACUGCCCCGAAGCUGCACUGGCUGCCAUUUCAAGUGCAAUUGAAGCUGCCCUUCCGAAUUCAUUUGUAUUCGUUUUCACUGAUGCUACCGCUAAAGAUUUUAAAUUAGAUCAACGGGUUCUACGGCUGGUACAACAGAAACAGACACCAAUUACUUUCUUACUGACAGGAUUCUGUGAUGGGAAAAGUUCGCCUGGACAUAAAGUGAUGAACGACAUUGCAGCCGCCAGUAAUGGGGAAAUUUUUGAUUUGAAGAAAGAUCAGAUCGAACAGGUUCUGCUUAGCAUUAAAGGUAUGUUGAACAUUGACCAUGUUCCUUUGAAGGCAGUAGAUUCUCGGGGAGCUGAAACGCAUCAUAUCGACCUGGAUGUGGACACAACACUGAAGGAGUUUAGCGUUAGUGUAGCUGGUCAUCGCCCAAACAUCGAAAUCACUGAUCCACAACAAGUUCCCUACAAUAAAUCGAAAGCCAUAUUAGAUUUGGAAAAUGUCAAAGUUGUAAAUGUUCCCGAGCCGAUUCCAGGAAAGUGGAACAUCAAGGCUGGUUCUAGUUCGCCCCACUCUGUUCGUCUUUCAGGCAACAGCGACGUCAAAUUCAAAUUUGGUUUCUCACAAACGAAACCAACUUCCAUUGCCACACUCUUUCGCCAGCCAGUACUUGACGCAGAUAACAUACUAACAAUUCAGCCCUCUCAAACAGACCGUAUCGAUGUGCUGUCGAAUGUGACAAUCACCGCUCACGACACUAGUGAGACUGGAGCAGCUGCGUUUAAGUUUACGCUUCCGCUGGUCAAAACUCUGUUGGAAGAUUCGUCCAUAGUUUACACGACUGAAGCCUUCAAGGCUCCUCGGCAAAAGUUUAAAAUUUCCGUCACCGGAAAGGAUGUGAAUGGUAAUCCUAUAAAUCGCCUUAUAUCAACGGCCAUUCAGGCCACUGGGUUGAGUGCUCCAGAACUUUCGUUGGACUUCACAGAUACAGAGCUACUAGAAGGUGACAUCCUGCAGAUCAACUGCCGUGUCGAGUCACUCCUUCCAGUUACUGCCCAGUGGAAGCGAUCCAAUCGACUGUUGGUGGAAAGAAACUUUGAUUCAACAGAUUCCCUGAAGCUUCGAAUGCCAAAUGUAACAACUAGAAACUCGGGUCGCUACGCGUGUCAUGCCAGAAACAGUAUAGGCGAAACUGAGAUACUAGCGGUUGUUAAGGUGAAACCCCGACCGGAACCGACUGUUGGAGUUUAUCCGAAAGAUAUUGUCGCGUUUGAGCACGAGGUCCUUAUAGCACUUCGCUGUAUUACAAAGAAUGUUAGCCCUAGCGCACCGAAAACAUGGAGUUUCAAUGGAGUGAAAAUAGAAGCAGCUUACGGGAAAGAAUAUCUAGAACUGUACAAUAUUUCAUCCAACAAUGCGGGGUCCUAUGAAUGUCGGGUGGAGUCUGAUGGAAGAAUGAUUUGGGAUUCAACUAACGUCACAGUGGAGUACGCGCCAAAAGCCUCUGGAGAGGUAUCGAAUGUAGCAACAGCUGCAUAUGGGAAACCCCUGCUUUUGGAGUGCGGCUUGGAAGGAAAUCCAAAACCCAUGAUCACGUGGAGUUACAGAGUUCUGGAUGAGAUUGAGGAAAAGCCUCUCCUAGAAACUGGUUCUAGCUUACUGCUGCCUAUCGUUUCACCCGAGGUUGAAGGAUCGUAUAUUUGUGACGCUAAAAACCGCCACGGUUCGACGAGGAGAACGAUCACGGUAUUGGGCGAAGCUAACGAACCUCCAAAAAUCCCGAAGUUGAACGAUACGAUUCUUUACGUUCAGCCCGGAGAAACAGUAACCGUCAACUGUUCGUGUGAUCUUUGUCAACCACUGAGUGAGUACAUUUGGACUAGUGAUCAAUUCACCUUCGAGAGCAGCCCGUACGAAACGCAUAACAAUGCACGAGUUAGUUUAAACAUCGACCAAACUCGUAACGCAGUCCAGUACCAACUGACUGUUGAGCACUUCAGUGCGGCAGAUCAAGGUAGUUACAGCUGUAUUCUGUCCAAUGCCCAUGGAGCGGACAGUAUUGUCGUGGAAACUCGGUUGAUGGAAGCUCCCACCGUGGAAGGAAUUCUGGUUGAUGAUGAAGUUACUAGCGUGGAGCAUGUUGGGUUGGAGGACUCCAUACAUCAGCUUACAUGUGAUAGUACAGGACUUCCAGACCCUCAAGUAUUCUGGUUACUCGAUGAGAAAAAGUUGAAUAGCACAGAUCCACGGUUCAGUCUGCGCAACGAUAAUAAAACGCUCGUGUUUAUAGAGCAUUUCACACAGGAUCAUGCAGGUAUCUACCAGUGUCUUGCAGUGAACCCUAUGGGAACCUUUACCAGCAAACUAGUACUGCGUUACGGAAGCUCUCCGAUAUUUCUCAAAACAUCGCCAACAGUCAUCAGCGCUCAAAUCGGUAAAGAAAUAUCACUCGACUGUCGCACUUCUGGAGUUCCAGAACCAAAACUAAGCUGGCAUUUCAAUGAGGAGCCACUGAAUAAAAGUAUGCCGUUCGAAGCCACUCUGGAAGACUCUGGAAUCUACACGUGUACGGCAAGCAAUACUUUCGGACAGCAAUCUUUCACCACUACUGUGGUAGUUUACGGUAAACCUCAAUUUUUGCUCGGGCCUCCAGAAGAUACCGCCAUUGCUGUGUCCCGUGGUAAAAAUGUGAGCCUCGAGUGCACCGCAACUGGUUUUCCAAAGCCCAACAUCAGCUGGACAUUCGAGGAUCACCCAAUCAACCAACAAAACGUUGAGUUCACCAACACUGGUCUGCUGGUCAUGAAUGCUACGAAGCUCUCCCAGGGUACUUAUGUCUGUAAUGCUGAAAACUCAGUUGGCAACAGCCAAAAAGUAUACUACUUAGUAGUAAAAGAACCGCCAAAAAUUACUGCUAACAUUCCUGAACGUGUUCAGUUACUACCGGAACAAGAAAUAGAGCUUCACUGUGACGGUGAAGGUAAUCCUUCACCGCGACCCUCGUGGAGCCACAAUAACACACCACGGAAUUCAAGCGCAACUUUAAAGAUUUCACAUAGUCUACAAGCCACUGGCAACUACACUUGCAUUCUCGUGAACGAAGAAGGAACAGAUAGACGAUCAACAGAAGUAACAGUUCUGACUCCUCCGACGAAAGCUGGAAAUGCUUCCGAAAAGCCACAGAUCGUGCAGGCUAAACUGAAUAACUCUCUAGCGCUAGUGUGUCCAUUCGAUAAUUACGAAAGCCUACUCUGGCACCUCAACGAGCGUAACUUAGACAGCUACAUUGAUUUGUCGGACGUUAACGCAUUACAAAACAUUCUCCACAUUGACCGACUUCGACAAUCGCACGCUGGAACGUACACUUGCUUCGUGGAGAACCCUGCCGGUCGCAAUAACCAUUCGUUUAUAGUGGGAAUUCUAACACCACCAAAAAUCGAACACAUUGAGCACGGAAUGAACGAUAACAAGGAUGAGAACCAGCACGAAUUGGACUCCUCUGGAGAUCCGAACAUAGCAGAAGUCACACUAUUACGCGGGGAACAGUUACGCUUGAUGUGCCACGCCAGUGGAUCACCACAACCGACGAUCUUCUGGAUCAAAGAUCAAUCGGUAAUCACCAGGAGCAGUGAGCUUGCGAUCGAGGACAUCGAUACUCAUCACAGCGGACUGUAUACCUGCGUGGCCGAGAAUGAAUUGGGCAACGCCAGAAAAGUAUAUCGAUUGGAUGUGAUGACAUCACCCAGCAACUGGGGCGAAGCUGUAAGUCACAUCGAGGUGUUCAAGGGUGAAGACCUGCAGCUGGAGUGUACGAUGCGCGCUAAUCCCCCGGCCAUAUUUCACUGGAUGAAGGAUGAUACAAUUUUAGAGGAAUUUGAGGGUGCUUUAGACUUGAGUAGCGUACAACCACAGGAUUCGGGUUUGUACACUUGCGAGGCGGAGAACAUUUUCGGCGUCGACGAAAAGCAGUUCCAUGUUACUGUUUAUCAAACUCCGGAGAUAACACGAUUCCCCGAAAGCCAAAUGAUUCUUAUAAGUGAACCUCUGACAGUUACUUGCCAUGCAAACGGUAAUCCAUUACCCGUACUCAGCAUCAUCUACAGAGGUGAAGUUUUGGCUUCAACCUCCGACUUGGAUCCUGACUCCAUGGAACUCGAUGAAACCUAUCGACUAAAAGGCAAAACGUAUGCCCUUGGAACACAACUUUUCACAGCCACCAGAGUGUCCGAAUUCGACAUUCAGAUAGGUCUGCACCAACCGAAUGCAACAUCCAACUCUGCCGGAAUGUAUCUAUGCUUAGCGCAGAACGCUGUAGGCUACGACGAGCAAAAGUCCGCAGUUGAAGUGCUCGCUCCGCCGUUCGUUCAACUGAACAGACUCAAAUCUGGACUAUCGUUCCACAUCUUGGAAGGGCUGCCACUGUUUUUGUUCUGUCCCAUAUCCGGCCAUCCUAAACCAACCAUCAGCUGGUUCCGCAACUCCAAACCUAUCAAAUCCAGCGGCCAAACUCUGUUCCUAUCAUCCACGAGUCGAAAAGAUCAUGGGAACUACACCUGUCUGGGUGAAAACUCAGUCGGGAAGCAGGAGCUUGCGUUUUCAGUCAGUAUUCUGGUGCCUCCAACGAUGAUAAACAGUAUAGUUUUUCGUGAUAACGAAGCGAUAGCCGAUCAACCAGAACAGGAAGAGAUUUCCAUAUUGAAAGGCGACAACGUUACACUAGAUUGUGCUAGCUUGGGCAACCCAGCACCGGAGAUAUACUGGACCAAAGUCGUGUACUUGGACGAAAAACUAAACGAAAGGUUGCCCAGUAAAGAUUCCGUCUUGGAGUUGUACAGCAUUGAAACAACAUCGACAUAUUCAUGCUAUGUAAACAACACUGCCGGAUCAACGCAGAAGUUGUUCCAUAUAGUCGUCCAAUCUCCUCCCCAGUUUAAACAGAUUGAGUACGUGGUAAAGCCGAUGGUUCUGUUGCACCACAGCCUUGAUUUGAACUGUGAAAUGGCUGGCGUACCGGAAGUGGAAGUAUUUUGGAUCAAAGAUGGUACAGCGGUGAAUACUGACCGGUCGGGAUUUUUCCUCGCCUCGAACGGUCACAUAUUAAGAAUUUCGGCCGCACAGUCCUCGGAUGCUGGAGAAUAUAAAUGCGUCGGACGUAACCUGCAUGGUCAGGUUAGCCGCAAGUUUUACGUUAGUGUAGAAGUUCCUGUCAGCUGGUCACCGUGGGGUGAAUGGAGUGCGUGUAGCUCUAGUUGUGGCAAAGGAACGCAGUUCCGGUCCCGCAUAUGUCUUCUGAUGACCGGUUCACCAGCUCAUGGGCCUCAAUACAAUUGUGUAGGUGAAAACAUUCAAAUUAAAAAUUGUGAAAUGUUGCCAUGUCCAGUAAACGGAGGCUGGGGAGUGUGGAGCAAAUGGAGCAAUUGUUCACUAGACUGUAUUACCGAAUUUACCGGGAUGAAAUCUGUGAGUUUUCGCAGUCGCAAAUGUGAUUCUCCGGCUCCGUCACUGGGUGGUAAACCUUGUAUUGGAGAAGAACGGGAAGAGACAAUUUGCAAUGUAAAGUUCUGCCCUAUCAACGGCGAUUGGACUCCCUGGACCAACUGGACACCUUGUAGUGAGACCUGUGGAUUUGGUCGAUCAAUUCGUUGGAGAAGUUGUGCUAACCCUGCGCCCCGAAACGGAGGACUUCCAUGCGUGGGGUCGGAAAGCGAAUUACAGAUAUGUAAACUACGCGAAUGCAUCGUGGACGGCGGAUGGUCCGAUUGGAGCUCCUGGUCUAAGUGUAGCAAAUCGUGUGGUGUCGGUGUGCGUCACAGGAAACGCUCCUGCACCAAUCCGGAACCUAAAAACGGUGGGAAACAGUGUGAGGGUGAAAAUGUGGAAGUCGACAAAUGCUCCAGCAAAUCGUGUCGAAACGAUGCACUCGUGAAAACCAUCAACCGGGUAGAUUCGAAGCGCAAGUUUUCUCCUCUGCUAACAUAUGAGUCCACACACCCUUCUGCAGAAAAUGACUACGAAGAUAUUUCCGCAGAAAACGAACCACAAAAGUUUAAAAUAAUUCGAAACUUUGAAUUCGCGGAAGCACCUCCCGUUGAGUACAUUGAUCUUCCAACCGAGCAGGAUUACGAAGAUGACCAAAAUGGCUACCAUAAAAUUAUUGUUAGUCUGAAGAACACCGUCAAUCUAACGCAAGAUACGACAGCCUAUAAUUUAAACUUCGGCGGCGUUAGUAAUGCGAUACAAUUCAACUGCAUGGCUGGAAUGAUCUACAACGAAACACUUCGGAGAUGUGUAGAUGUGAAUGAAUGCGAAACUGGUGACCACAGCUGUACUGGUCCGGGUCAGGUGUGUGUCAAUAAUAAGGGCGGUUACGAGUGCUUAUGCUCUUCUGGAUACCGAAUGGUGUCGGAUGCGUGUGUGGAUGUUAACGAAUGUCGAGAGGAAACGCACCAGUGUUCACAUUACUGUGCGAAUAAUCCCGGUAAUUACAGCUGCUAUUGUCCAUCAGGUUAUACGAUGGCAUCCGAUGGCAAGACAUGUUCCAAGCGUAGAACACGCGAACAACCUGCAUAUAGUAUCAUUAACUACGAAAUGACUUGUCCCGAGGGAUACUUUCUAACAGGAAACAAGUGUGUUGACAUCGAUGAGUGCGCUGUUAAAGAAGAUGAGUGCAGUGAGGGGCAAACUUGCUUGAAUACCCAAGGUAGCUACGUAUGCGUUCCAACAGCUUGCCCUGAGGAAUAUGACGAAGAUGAACUUACAGACCAAUGUUACCAGGACUGCCGCUUCGGUGUUGAUCAACGAUGUCCCGAUGGAGCACACAUAGAGCAAACCCUGACAUACAAGGUAAUAGUUCUGAACAAGCACAACCCUAGACAACCGCUGGCAACACUGUCCAUCCCAGCUUAUCAGCGCCAUACCACCGAGACGACGUUUGCUUUUCAGGAACGAACCUACGGGCACGUGUUUAGUUUAGAGAAAAUCUCACAAACAUCCGGGGCAGUGCAUCUAUACGGCUCGAAGCGAAUGCAGCGUGGUAAGAUCUACAAAUUGAAAAUCGUUGCACACGCGUUCGGGAUCGAAUCGCAUUUUAUGGACUAUGUGCACAAGUUCACUGUUUACGUGCACUUUGUCGAGCAGCUUAAAAAAAUUUCGUAAAAAACUGAGAAAUUUUAUUAGACAAUACCUACAUCAGAUAACCCAGUUGAUAUUUUAAAUUUAUAUAUUGCUUGUAAGUAAAAUAUUUAAUAAUAUCGAGACAAAGAAAGCUAUCAAAUUUACACUGAAUGGUUCACAUGGUGAACCACGCAAUAAAGACUGGACAGUUUUUAACCAAA